GCGGCGGAGACCGGGCAUGAUAGACUGACUGAGCUUCUCUUUGAUUACGCGGGGGAUGUGAAUUCUUGCGACACCAUCGACUGGACUGCACUCCAUCUGGCGGCUUGGGGCGGACAUCUCAGGAUUGUUGCAUCGCUCCUCGACAGAGGGGCCGCCAUCGCGCCACGAACCGACAUGCAGGGCACACCGCUGAUGUUCGCAGCCCAGGAAGGGCACGAGGACGUUGUUCGCCUGCUCCUGGACCGGGGCGCACCUCUUGACGACAGCGACGCCGAAGGCUUCACCGCUCUCCAUUUUGCAGUUCAAGGUGGCUAUGUCACUGUCGCCAGCCUGCUCCUCGAACGAGGU